AUGACAGACCACAAUAGUGCUGUAUUGACGCUAAAUAAUGGACGACCCAUGCCUAUCGUUGGACUCGGGACAUAUGCUCCGAAAAACAAUGAAGAUGAGGUGAUAGAUGCGGUUAAAGCAGCAGUAAGGGCUGGGUAUAGACAUAUCGACUGUGCUGCCAUCUACCGGAAUGAACGAGCUGUUGGUCAUGCUAUUAAACAGCUGAUUGUAGAGGAUGUGGUCAAACGAGAAGAUUUAUUUAUUACAAGCAAGUUAUGGAAUACAUGUCACCGACCAGAUUUAGUAGAAGAUAAUUUAAAGAAGUCAUUAGAAGAUUUAGGUUUACAAUACUUAGAUUUAUAUUUAAUGCAUUGGCCUAUGGCGUAUAAGGAAGGGGGAGAAUUUUUACCACGAGAUGAAAAUGGGAAAGUUUUAUUUUCUGAUGUCGACUACUUAGAUACAUGGAAGGCACUAGAAGACUGUGUUGACCAAGGACUAACAUUAAGUAUUGGUUGUAGUAAUUUUAAUAGUAAACAAUUACAGAGAAUAUUAGAUAAUUCCAGAAUUAAACCUAGUAAUAAUCAGGUAGAAAUAAAUAUACAGAAUAACAAUAAGAAAUUAGUGGAGUAUUGUAAAGCUAAUGAUAUAGCUGUAACAGCCUUCGCUCCUCUAGGUUCACCUGGAAACACCAGUAAUUCUACGCCAUUAUUAGAAGAUCCGGUAUUAAAGGAUAUAGCCAGCAAGAAAAAUAAAACACCAGCUCAGGUAGCUUUAAGGUUUUUAAUACAACAGGGUAUUGGGGUGUUACCUAAAAGUGUCAAUGCUAAAAGAAUACCAGAAAACUUUGAGAUUUUUGAUUUUUCCCUUUCGGACAGUGAUAAACAACAAUUAUUUUCUCUAAAUAAAGGGAUACGAGGAUACAGUGAAGAAAUAGCUCUUGAUCACAAAUACUAUCCUUUCCACGAGGAAUUUUGAGUGAAACCAAUAAGACAAUACAGUAUUAUUUUCUGUAUCCAAUAUCUUUGUUAUGAUGACAAUAUAUCGUAUAUUAAAUAAUUGUGUGAUUUGAAAUCGUUGCUGCUGAUUGGAUAAGCAAUGAUCACGUGCUCAUGGUUUUGUGCUGCUGAUAUAGGUAACGACAUACCUAAAUGUCAGGUGCUUCCUCAAUUAUUUGCCUUUAACCAUAAUCUACGCACAAAAAUACUUACUGAUGCAACCCGUUUGUGCCAAUAUUACACAUUUGUUUUAAUUUGAUGGAUUAAUAUCAGGACUAUUUAACGUAUCAGCUUUAUUGAUAUUUAUUUAAAGCAAUUGGUAAUAGUGCUUCCUUUAGGUCAGUUAUCUUCAACACUUUCGUGAUAGAUACGUCCUUUUUUUUACAUACAAUUUACUUAAUGGUGGAUAGGUUUCUAAGUAGUGUGUCGACUUUGGGAAGAUGAUUCAUCAAUGUGAUAUCCAAAUAUUAAAUGCCAAAAUAUUGCAACUUGUUAUUCUCAAUCUGUUGGUUAUCUUUCUUACGUUAUGCAUUGCUCUGUCAUAUAUCUGAUUAAAUAUUUUGCUAAAA